AUGCGAAAGUUGGAAUGGGACGACAUGGGAGUGAAGGUUGAUGGUCGGCAGCUACACCAUUUGCGCUUUGCUGAUGACAUCGUACUGAUAACACCUAGCAUCAGCCAAGCGAUUGCUGACCGAAUUCGACGAAACAUGUGGAUGCAUCGGUCUUCAGCUGAAUCUGCAAAGGACGACGUUCGUGCGCAACGGAUCGGUCUCGGAUGCCCCAUUCAUGCUCAGCGGAAGGAACAUAUCUGA